UUCCGCUCUGUGGCGCGCCACUCUGCCUCUCGUCUCGUCGCUUUUCCUCCUCCCCGUGGUGAACUUGAGAGAAGGAGGGAGGAAGGGGUCGUGCGGGCGCGGUGCACGCCGGGAUAGGGAGUGCUCUGCGGCCAGGAGGAGGCAAGAUGGAUGCGGGCUUUUUCCGCGGAACGAGUGCGGAGCAGGACAAUCGCUUCAGCAACAAACAGAAGAAGCUGUUGAAGCAGCUGAAAUUUGCAGAAUGUCUAGAAAAGAAAGUGGACAUGAGCAAAGUAAACCUGGAAGUAAUCAAGCCAUGGAUAACAAAACGAGUAACAGAAAUCCUUGGAUUUGAAGAUGAUGUAGUAAUUGAAUUUAUAUUCAACCAGUUGGAAGUGAAGAAUCCAGAUUCCAAAAUGAUGCAAAUCAACCUGACUGGAUUUUUGAAUGGGAAAAAUGCUAGAGAGUUCAUGGGUGAACUGUGGCCACUGCUGUUAAGUGCACAAGAAAACAUUGCUGGUAUUCCCUCUGCUUUCCUGGAGCUCAAGAAAGAAGAAAUAAAACAAAGACAGAUUGAGCAAGAAAAGUUGGCUUCUAUGAAGAAACAAGAUGAAGACAAGGACAAGAGGGACAAAGAGGACAAAGACAGCAGAGAAAAAAGGGACAGAUCCAGAAGUCCAAGAAGAAAUUGUCUCUUUCCUAGACGCAAGUCAAGGUCUCCUUCCCCUAGAAGGAGAUCAUCUCCUGUCAGAAGAGAGAGAAAGCGUAGCCACUCUCGAUCUCCUCGUCACAGAACCAAGAGCCGUAGUAUUACUCCUGCACCAGAAAAGAAAGAGGAGACUCCAGAGCCAGAGCCUUCAGUGCAAGCAAAGGAAACAUUGAUUCAAGAGGCAACAUCAACUAGUGAUAUCCUGAAAGUUCCCAAACCUGAACCUGUACCAGAUACUAAAGAAAUUUCUCCAGAACGAAAUUCAAAGAAAGAGAGAGAGAAAGAAAAAGAGAAGACUCGUCAAAGAUCACCAUCCCGUUCCAAAUCAAGGUCAAGGUCUCGCUCACAUUCCCCUUCUCAUUCUAGACCAAGAAGGCGUCAUAGAUCACGGUCAAGGUCUUACUCCCCUAGAAGGCGACCAAGCCCAAGACGACGACCAUCUCCUAGGAGGAGGAGUCCUUCAAGGCGCAUGCCUCCCCCACCGAGACACAGAAGAAGUAGAUCCCCUCUGAGGCGGAGAAGACGGUCAUCAGCAUCUUUAUCUGGAAGUAGCUCUUCCUCCUCCUCUUCACGCUCUCGAUCACCGCCAAAAAAACCACCUAAAAGAAUUGUAUCCAGUCCUCCUCGCAAAACAAGGAAACUGUCUCCUUCUGCAAGCCCUCCUAGGCGGAGGCACAGGCCUUCCCCACCAGCAAGUCCACCUCCAAAGCCACGCAGAUCUCCAACUCCUCAGCAGUCAAAUCGUGGAAGAAAAGUCCGUGGCUCUAUUUCUCCAGGCAGAGCCUCAGCACCUAAACAUAAGAGUACUGAGAAAAGAGAGUCUCCCUCACCAGUGCCAAAACCUAGAAAAGUAGAAUUGUCUGAAUCAGAAGAAGACAAAGGUGGCAAAAUGGCUGCAGCAGAUUCUGUGCAACAGAGACGUCAGUACAGAAGGCAAAACCAGCAGUCUUCAUCUGACUCUGGUUCAUCCUCUUCCUCUGAAGAGGAACGACCAAAAAGAUCAAAUGUGAAGAAUGGUGAAGUGGGUAGGCACAGACGACACUCGCAUAGUCCAUCACCUUCUCCACGGAAACGACAAAAGGACUCUUCCCCUCGGAUGCAGAUUGGAAAGAGGUGGCAAUCACCAAUGAUUAAAAGUAGGAGGAGGAGGAGUCCAUCACCACCACCUGCCAGAAGACGGCGCUCUCCUUCUCCUGCACCUCCUCCAAGGCGGCGCAGAUCGCCUUCAUUGCCUCGCCGAAGGUCUCCAUCACCGCCUCCACGCAGGCGCUCGCCUACUCCCAGACGAUAUUCUCCUCCAAUACAGAGACGAUACUCUCCUUCACCACCUCCUAAGCGAAGAACAGCAACUCCCCCCCCUCCUCCUCCAAAACGAAGGGCAUCACCUUCUCCGCAACCCAAGCACAGAGUCUCACAUUCUCCCCCACCAAAACAAAGAAGUUCUCCUGUGGCAAAGAGGCGUUCCCCAUCUCUAUCUUCCAAGCAUAGGAAAAGUUCUCCUUCCAGCAGGUCUAAUCGUGAAACCCGAUCCCCACUACAAAACAAACGGCAUUCACCAUCUCCGCGGCCUAGAGCUUCACAUACCUCUGCAAGUCCACCGCCUCUGCGAAGGGGAACUUCAUCUUCACCCAAGCGGAGACAGUCUCCAUCUCCAAGCAGUAGACCCAUCAGGAGAGUGUCAAGGACCCCGGAACCCAAAAAGACAAAGGCUUCCACACCAAGUCCGCAGUCUGUGAGAAGGGUGUCUUCAUCCAGGUCUGCAUCAGGAUCGCCUGAGCCAGCACCUAAGAAACACCAAGCCCCUCCAUCCCCUACUCGGUCUCGAUCCCCCUCCACUAACUGGUCGCCACCACAUGUGAAAAAGGCUCAAAGUCCUAAGCAGAGUCCAUCCCCUACAAGGAAUUCUGACCAGGAAGGUGGCGGGAAGAAAAAGAAGAAGAAGAAGGAUAAGAAGCAUAAAAAGGACAAAAAGCACAAGAAACACAAAAAACAUAAGAAAGAGAAGGCUGCAGCUGCUGCAGCAGCUGCUGCUGUUACUUCAGCUGCUACUUCAUCCGCCCAGGAAGACCCAGAAGCAGAGACAGAGCUCAAAAAGGAGACAGAGAGCGAAGCAGAAGAUAACCUGGAUGAUUUAGAAAAACAUCUGCGAGAGAAGGCACUGAGGUCGAUGAGGAAGGCACAAGUGUCACCACCAUCUUAGACUGAAACCUUUGAUAUAAUGUACAUUUUAUUUGGUUUGUACUCAGAAUUCAAUUUCAAAUUGUUAAAAUGUAUUUGAGCUUUAGAGUAUAACAUUUGUUGUAAUAAUUGCUAGGUUGAGGUUCACCAUGUAAAAAAGGCAUGGAUUUACAUUAUAAAAAACAUCCACAGUGUACUAGUGACAUUCUUUCAUUGACAGUUGACAUUAUUUCAUGUAGAGUGAAACUUUUUAGAAGCAGUAAGGUGGGUCAGGGUUUUUAAAAAUGACUGGCAACCUCAGUUUCUUUAAAAUGUACCAAAACCUGUACAUUUUUUUUACAAAGUUCUCAUUUUUUGUUUUGUUUUACAUUGCUACUAACCUUUGUGAUUUAUAAGCUUGCCCAGAAAUGAAACCACUUCAAUUGCAAGGGAAGUGCAUAUGAUAUUUUAAUGCCAUAAUUGCUCCAUUGUUACCUGUCGUUGCCACUAAAGUGAAUCAAGAACAGAAAUUUAGAAUGGUACGUAAAUGAAAGCAAGUCGUUUGCCAGGACACUGUGGGUUUAUAUUGAUGUAAUAAGUUGAUUUGGAACACUGGAAUUUCAUUUGUAUUUUUGUUCUUUUUUUUUAAAAGGGCAGUUUCCUUAUCAGCAGUCCCAGAGAAGUUCCACACUUACUUAAAUUUUGUUUGUGAAAAGAUGUUGUAGCCCCAUUCAUGAUUCUUGUCUGGUUGCGGUUCUUCUUAAUGGUAUAUGAAACUUUCAGAGAUGAUGUCUUUGAAAGCCUGAAGGACCUGGACUUUGGAUAUUGUCAUGUUUUCACUGUUUUUCUGUUUUUUUAACUAAAGCUAUAUAAAGCUUGUGGAUUAAACAAAAUAAAUUUCUAAAUUUAAAGA